GCAAAGAGGCAGGGAGAGAGAAGGACGUGGAGAGAGGCUAAGAGAGUGAGAGACCAACAGAGAGCAAGAGAGAGUCAAACUGCUGCCACAGACUGGGAGUAGUUUCUGCUGUGGGGAUUGAAACAGACAAAUGUAGAAACAAAGGACCUAGAAAGAGGUUUAGAGAAGGAAAAGAGGACAGAAUCAACAACUAUUUGACUUCAGCAUGUCAUUUUAAAUUUGGCUUUUUACAAAGGACUAACAGAAAGAAGAAGUGACCUUUGGGAUGUUAAGUGCUUUUGUAUAGACGAAGAGAGAAAUCACUGCAGCUCUGAGGUCAAGCUGCUCUUGACCACUGACAAAGGACUAACCCUGCAUCAUAAGGGCGACAUCUGACUCACCUGGUUGAACAGGUUUUGCAAAGAGCAGCAGUUGGGGGCCAAGUAACAAUCUAAGGGGUGGGCACCAACAUCAACAGAAAAUUAGCUUCAACAAACUUGCAAAAGUUGAACCUCAACAAGUGGAAGCCUCACGUGGAUUGACCAGCAGCUGACAAAGCGUUGUUACAGUGAAGAUGACAUUUGCUAUGCUGCGCACUGCGCCUCCAGCAGGCCGCUUCUUGUACGGCGAUAUCGCCCUCCUUUCUGAAGAUGAUGAUGAGAACGGGAGCGAGGGGUCAGGCUCUGAGGAGCGUAACACCAACUCCUCUAACUUCCGCCUGUCCUCCUCUUCGCCAUCUGCCUUUCACAUCAAGGUGAACAGGAAGAGGAAGCUGUGUGGGACAGGAGGGGGUGGAGGGGUAGAUGUAGGGGGCAUGAUGGGGAGGCUCGUCCCCCAGGGGUCCCCUAUCCCUGGGGAGGGUCGCCAGAGGACCGCAGCCAACGCGCGGGAGAGAGAUCGCACCAAUUCUGUCAACACAGCGUUCACAGCGCUGCGCACGCUCAUCCCCACCGAGCCUGCAGACAGAAAGCUGUCAAAGAUCGAGACGCUACGUUUGGCCAGCAGCUACAUCAGUCACCUGGGGAACGUCUUGCUCCUGGGCGAGGGGCUUCAUGACGGACAGCCGUGCCACGCUCCCUCACCACCGUUCUUCCACGUCAACUCCUCCCCCAACCGAGGAUCCGACCAAUCAGCUCAGCCAAAGCACAUCUGUACUUUCUGCCUCAGUAACCAGAGGAAAAUGAACAAAGACAGAGACAGGAAGACGGCCAUCAGAAGUUAACAAUGAGGACACAACCACAUGGAUGAAAUGCUCGUCACUCUGACAGUGCUGUCAGUGAUCUCACAGUUACUGCAACGUGAAGACUUGCCAGACUUGUGAUGCAUUUCAAAGACUUUUGAAGGACUUCUUUAGCACUUCCAGGACUUUUCAAGGAACUUAACCAAGCAUUUCUUUUUUUUCUUACCUUUUAUAUCACUUUACAAGAACUUUUUGUUCUUUUUAGGGUGUUUUCAAAUAUGUUUGAAACACUUCUGAGAAGUUUAACAGUACUUUUAAAGGGCUUUCAGACGCUUAUCAAGACCAUGAUGAACCUUUCAACAACAUUAAUAUGAGACUUUUUACUGUAUUGUUCAAAGACUCAGUGACUCUUUGAGUCUAAGGAACUUCUGGCACAUGAUCGAAAAACACACAGAACCUAUGAAAGACAAAUUUGUACUCAUCGAAAGCUGUGUGUUAUUAAUGUGUAAACUGAAAUAUAAAUGUAUAUUUAUGUGACAUAGCAUUAUAUAAUGAAACUAUGUUAUUUAACCGGCAUUGACAUUGAUGACAAAUAAUGUAUAAAAGUACAAAACAUUGGCUAUUGACACAAUUUAUGGUAUUACGGAAAAAAAAUACCCCACAAAAAACAUGCUGGAACUUAAGUUGUAUUGGUUAUUUCUAAUAAUCAUCUCUGAAAAUGUCCUAAUGCUGGAAAAUAACUCAAGAUGACCAAUAAAUUGUUUGUAUA